AUGUACAGUCGUGUUUCUGCAGCUCCCUUGUCGGAUGAUUCGGACUGCUCCACUUCAAAUUGUGAGAGCAGUUCAGACAGUGAACACAUUAUUUUAAGAGAGUAUGAUAGAGAAGCUAGGGGCACUGAGCUUUUCUGUGCUGUUGUUAGAGUCGUGAAGUCUCUGAAUUGGGAGGUUGCAAGAAAAGUACGUUUUUCUGAUGCCGUCCAGAAGUACGGUUUUGAUCAAUCAUUCGUAGGAUUUAAGAUGUUUGUUCAUGUGUAUGCGUGUGCCGGCAUGCAAUCGGAAGUGUAUGCAUUGCUUAGGGAGGUGGUGUGUUUUUGCCAUAAGGCUGAGCUUGAUUUGUUCUAUUUAUCUUAUGCUCUAUUGGAUUCUCCUAGUGGUAGACAAGGGAUGAGUUUUUUGGUGAGUGUGCUCAUCAAGGUUUUUGCUUCAAAUGGGUUACUUGAAAAUUCCAUGGAUGCUUUUGCACAGGCUAGGAGAGUCGGCUGUGAACCGGGAAUACGCUCGUGCAAUUUCUUGCUAAAAUGCUUGGCAGAAGCCAAUGAAAAGGAGAUCCUUGUUUGUUUAUUUGAAGAAAUGAAGAAACAUGGACCAUUUCCUAAUGUAUACACGUAUACAAUUAUGAUGAAUUUUUACUGCAGUGGGCAUUCUAGUGAAGUUGAAAUUGAGCAAGCAACUAACAUUCUUGAGGAAAUGGAGAGAAAAGGAAUUGGCGCAUCUGUCGUGACAUAUAAUGCGUUCAUUAGUGGACUGUGCAAGGUAGGGGUUAUUGAGCUUGCUUGGAAAUUCAUUCAAGAUUUGAAACACGGUGGUCAGCUGCUCAACUCUUACUGCUAUAAUGCAGUUAUUCAUGGUUUUGUGAAUAGAGGUGAAACUGAAAAAUCCAUGCAAGUUUUCGAGGAAAUGAAAAAUAGUGGAAUCGAGGCAGAUGUAUAUAGCUACAGUAUUUUGAUCGAGGGUGUUUGCAGACAUGGAGAAGUUCAGGAAGGUUUUCGGUUGCUUGAAGAAAUGAAAGAGAAUAAUAUUAAACCGUCUCUUGUCACCUAUAGCUCGAUUUUAAAAGGUCUCUCUCGCAGUGGAUUGAUGGAUAUCUCAUUAGACAUGUUCCAUGAUAUUCGAAGUUCGGGAUUUGAAUACGAUCAACAUGCUUACAGCAUUUUGAUUAGUGGGUUUUGUGCUCAGGGUGAUAUGGACUCAGCUAACACACUUUUAGAAGAGAUGAUUAGCAACAGUUUGGUUCCUGAUGCGGUUAGUUAUAGGAAUUUGAUUCUUGGGUUCUGUAAAAUCGGCUCCUUUGGGAAAGCCUUUGCGUAUUUUGACCGAAUGAGAGAAGCAGGGUUAUCGUCCAGCUCUUUUACGUGCAAUCAUAUAAUUAAUGGAUACUGCAAAGAAGGAAAAUUAGAGAAAGCAUGGCAGCUUGUCGAUGAAAUGAGGGGCUCGGGGAUCUCUCCAAACAUGCACACGUUUAGUGUUGUUAUAAAUAGCCUGUGUAAAGAACGUAAAUCGGGAAAGGCUCUCGAGAUUAUUCCAGUUAUGCUUAAAUGCAACACAUUCCCUGGUGUUGUUAUUUAUGCCAACCUCAUGGAUGGGUUUUGUAAGCAGGCAGACCCAGAAAAGGCUCAUAUGUUGUAUAAAAAAAUGUUGAAAGCCGGGAUUCGUCCCGAUAAAGUUAGUUUGACUAUUCUUAUUAACGUUUUGUGUAGAGUGGGGAAAUUGGAAGAGGCAUAUAAGAUGUUCGAAGAAUUUAUCUCUGAAGGUUUAGAGCCCGAUAAAAUCUUGUACACAUCGAUGAUAGCUGGAUUUUGUCGGGGCAGGGACAUGAGAACAGCGUGCAGGCUGUUUGAAGAGAUGUCAGAAAGAAACAUUUUGCCUUCAGUUGUCACUUAUACUUGCCUGAUUGACGGGUUUUGCAUGGUUAAUCAUAUGGAAGAGGCCUGCGUAAUGUUUAAUAGAAUCAUUCAGGAAAAUUUGUCUCCUGAUCAGCUUACCUAUUUGGUUAUGAUUCGUGGGUUCAGCAAACGUGGGGAUACAGAUAAAGUUGAGCAGCUUUUGAAUGAAAUGAAAAAUUUAGGCCCGCUUCCAGAUGAAAGUACCUUGAGAAAAUUUGUGAAAGUAGAAAUUUGUGAUUGA